AAAAGGAGAGAGAAACGAAAAGUCCUCCCGCGUUCCUCCCAUUUUCCAUCCCCUCGGCCUUAGGAGAGACGCUCCUUGCAUUCUGCCAAUCCAGUGAGAUCAUGCGGGACAACAUUAGGGUUUCUAUUUCGAUUUCUCCUUCGCCAACUAUGACUCGGGAGCUUAAAUCGUCGCAGUCAUAGACUGUAAUCCUUCUUCACUCUCGAUUCUUCGGUUCUUCUACUUUUCACGAUGAUCGGCGAAGCCUCCUGCUCCAAAACCCCGGCGCCGCUGCGGUCUUCCACUGAUCCGACACAACUAGCGCCUGGAUUCCGAUUCCAUCCAACUGAUGAGGAGCUCUUGAGCUAUUACCUGAAGCGGAAGGUUACCGGUCGGCCGAUCCUCGUCGAUGCUAUCGCUGAGGUCAAUAUUUAUGGGGCCGAGCCAUGGGACCUGCCGCAGCUGUCGCGCCUCCGGAGUCGCGACUUGGAGUGGUAUUUCUUCACCUCUCUUGGUCGCAAGUACUCUAAUCGCUGUCGCACUAACCGCGCGACUAUAGAGGGUUAUUGGAAGACAACGGGCAAGGAUAGGCCCAUUCAGAGUCGUUCUCGCACCAUCGGCAUGAAAAAAACCCUUGUUUAUCAUGUCGGUCGGGCACCGCGUGGUAAGCGAACCAACUGGGUGAUGCACGAAUAUCGUUUGCAGGGAGAUGAUAUUUCUCGGUCUGGGAUUCAGCAGGACGCCUAUGUGGUGUGCAAGGUUUUUGAGAAGACUGGUGCUGGACCGCAGAAUGGAGCCCAGUAUGGCGCACCAUUUGUGGAAGAGGAAUGGGAUAGGGUGGAAGAUGACGAUGCCAAUGUUGUCCUAGUAACUGAGGCUAGAGAUGACGUGCUUAUGGAUCCUGCUAUUCGGGGCUUUGUUCAAUUGGACGAUUUUCUCUUGGAUCAGGAAUCAAGUGUUCAACAUGCGGAUUCCAUCUCUCACUCUGCAAGGUCUGUUGGGGAAGACUAUAAUUCUCAUACAGAAGAUCCAUCUGAUUUCCUUGUAGACAGUUUGAAAGAGCAGGCUUCUGAUGGUGAUAUGCCUCCAGGUGCAGAUUCCCCUACUAUGCAAUACAACAAAAAUUCAUCGAAUAGGCUUGGAAAACAGAAGGUUGUUCAGUACCAGACAAAUCCCACUUCUAUCCAAAAUAAUGGAUACAUGCAAUUGAAAGAUAUUUUUGGCGAGGAAAACACAAACUCCAUCCUGAAUAUAGAAUCAGCUGAUUGUUUCCUGGAGGAAUUCAGUGAUAACUCCCUUGCGGAUGAAGUGGAUAAUUCUGAAAUUCUACCUCAAGAUGCAGCCUUUAUCAACCAAGCAAACCAGCUCUCCGUUUUUCAUGAUAUUCAGAAUGAUGAUUUCUUACAAAUGGAUAAUCUUGAUAACAUGCAAGGCCAAUCUACUGAUGUUAACUUGGUUUAUUAUGAUACGAUUAGCCAUGAUGUUCCGUGCUUGGGAGAUGGCCUCACAAAUGAAACAUCUAUGACACCUAUGGCUGAAUUUGACUUUUUGGAUGAAUUAAUAGCCUAUUAUGAUGCCACAGAUGAUAACUUAAACUAUCCUCCUGCAUCUUCCUUUCAACCACGGCUAGAAUCAAUUGCCUCGUCUAAGGUAGUUGCAAGCAGCUCAUCUAGCAAGGAACUUCAUGUUCUACAAAAUUUAAAGGAAUCUGAAUCUUUACGAAGGGCACCCAGCAAUGAUGAUUCCUCAAGUGGAUGGAAUGAUAAUCUCAUUGCAGAUGAUCCCAAGCUUAAAGAUUGUCAGAACAAAACCUUAACAAAAAGACUCGCAAAUUUACUGGAUGCCAUUUCAGCCCCCCCAGCUUUUGCCGAUGAGUCCGCUGUAACAGGAAAAAUUAUGGGGAAAGCCUCUUCGUCUUCAACAGAUACAGUUCAUGUCACUGCAGGGAUGAUCCGAAUACAGCAGAGCUUGGAGAGCUGGAAAUUGCAGAACCAUUCAGGGAUGGAUUUUCUUCUUUCUUAUGGGGUUAGCAAAUCCAUCAGCCAUGAGAGAAGAAAGAAGAUUCAGGGCGGAUUUAUUUCUUCUCUUUGCUGGGCUGGCUUCCAUCUGUUCUUGCUCUGCUCGUGCGUGCUUGCUCUGAACUGCAAAUUUGGAGCUUUGUGUUUCCAACCAGUAAGUCGUCGCGGAUGAGUUUCAUUGUCUUGAUGAUUAUAAUUUUUGAAUUAUAAUUACUUUUAUGGAAUUAAAAUUUAUGCUACAUGUUAAAAAUGAUUAUGAUAACUUGUAUUGUUAUUGAAUUUUACUGUUGAAAUGCUGUUGCAUUUGAAAAUA